AUGCUAAGUGUAGUGGAAAGCAUCUUUUUUGUUGUUGCAGCUAUUGUGUCCAUCCUGGGAUUUUUAGGGAAUGGGUUUAUUGUGCUUAUGUACUGUACUGACUGUGUCAAGAGGAAGUGCUCUAUGCUUGGCUUUAUUCUUACUGGCUUAGCAAUUUCUAGAGCUUGUCUGAUAUGGAUAAUAAUAAUAGAUGGAUUUAUAUGGGUAUUCCCUCCAUAUAGGCAUUACUCUCAUAAUCUACUUGAAUAUAUUAACUAUAUGUGGGUAAUUAUCAAUCAAUCAACUAUCUGGUUUGCCACCAGCCUCAACAUCUUCUAUUUCCUGAAGAUAGCAAACUUUUCCCACUACGUAUUCCUCUGGUUGAAAAUGAGAAUCAAUAGAAUUCUUUCUCUUCUGAUGGGAUCUUUGCUUAUUUCAUGGUUAAUUAUGAUUCCACAAGUCAAGAAGGCUUUUAAUGAUAAUAAAAUGAAGAACAGAAACACAACCUGGCAAUUCAGCAUGCGUAAAAAGGAAUACUUAAUUCAACAGGUUUUGCAAAAUAUAGGAGUCUUUUUCGUCUUUACACUAUCCUUAAUUACAUGUUUCUUGUUAAUCAUCUCCCUUUGGAGACACAAAAGGAAGAUGCAAAUCAAUGCCACAGGAUUCAGAGACCCCAACACUGAAGCUCAUGUGAAGGCAAUGAAAAUGUUGGUAUCUUUCAUCAUUUUCUUUAUCUUGUAUUUUAUAGGCUAUGCUAUAGAAAUAUCAUAUUUUACUUUGUCAAAAAACAAACUCACGUACAUUUUUGGAAUGAUAAACAUGUGCAUCUCUUGCUGGGGUCACUCGUUUACCCUAAUUCUAGGAAACAGCAAACUAAAGCAAGCUUCUUUGAGGAUAUUACAGCAAUUAAAAUGUGGUGAGAAAGGGAGAAACCUCAGAGCCACAUAG